AUGUCGAAGACGAUUGAAUAUUCCAAGUCACAAAACGCAUCUGGUAAAGCAGAUGAAACACUUGAUGUCCCCGAAUCACAUUAUGUGUGCCAGUGGUGGAUUCAGCAGUUUCAAGGAUUGACAAAUAAUGAUACUGCUGAAAUUUGCCUUCCAUUCAAGAAAAAACACCGUGAUCAUAUCCGGUCGCAGGGUGGCCCAUCACCUUUUCGUCGGUCAGGUUUGUGGAUGACUAUUAAAGUGGUAUCACAAACUAUUUUAACAAAAUCUUUGAAAGAAAAUGCGACCAUUGUUUAUAAAUUAUUCAUAACUCAUUUUCUCACGUAUACUAUUUGUACAAGAACGCCUUCAAUCGACUUAUUGGUGUUUUCGAUUAGAAAAAUUGUACGACGAUUGAACAAAAUUGAUCAUUUAUUAGGCCCUCCGACAUCGGAGCAUAUAAAUCAAUGGAUUGAAAAUAUAAGGAACGAUAUACAAGAUAAAAUUAAUCGAAUUUUUCCCAAAUCGGACUGGCAACAAGCUGUUCGAAUGAACGAAAUAAGAAAUGAAGAUUUGUCAAUGGAGAAUUUCCAUUUGAACAAUACAAGAAUUUGUAAACAUUUAUGUAGAGAUCUAAAAGCAUAUCUGGAUGGUAGUGUCGUACCAGAAGCAUUGGAAACAGGUCUAUACACGAAUGGUUACUACGGUGAUUCAUCUCAAAAUACUAAAAACGUCGAUUAUAUACCUUCUCUUGAGAGUUUAACAAACAAGUGUAGAUAUACUAUGGGCGUCGCGUUGACUCGUUUAGAAAUAUGGGUGGAUACGCAUCUAGAACAAUGGAUCAAUCAUGGCGGACUAGCUGGACGUAAGAAAAACUUUCAAGAUUUAUUAGUUUUUUUCGAAGAGUAUCAAAAUGCAGCACUGACGCAUUAUGGUUCAACAGAUCCCGUCGGCUACAGUCGAUUUAUCUUAGCAUCGUUGACAAUUAUUCGUUCCAUGCACCGUAAACUAUGCGAGGACGACAUAUUAAAACGAUUGAAUUCACAUUCGAUUCAAAUUCCUAAUCUCAUCGAAUUAUUCGAAUUUUUAGUGUUACCAAAUCGAGACGAUAUGGUCAGAGCCGAAAGACUCUAUGACUUCUUCAAGGAAUUUGCUUCUAAAUCAUACCCCGAUCUUUUAACAGACAUUAAAGAUGUCAAUGCAUUUGGUGUUUACUAUGCUGGUCAAUCACUGGCAAUGAAUAACAGUAUAGAACAAAUUCGACGUCAAGCCGAGAUUGAUAAACAGAACAAGAUACAGGAAGUUCAACAAGCGAAACAGCGAUAUAAACAUCUUAUGGAUUCCAUACGCGGCCUACCGUGUUCAUGCUAUUAUGAUUCAAAGUAUAAUUCACAUAUCGAAUGCGAUGUAUGCUCAAUCAGAGCGACAGCAGAUCAUAUGACAGUGAGAAUCUUUGAGAAUCCAAUGCCAGUUCAACGCGAAAGUGCAUUAGCUGUCAUUUUCGAACUACAAAUGCCGAGUGAAAUUCGAUGUUACAGAGAAGUUCUUUGGCAAUUUGUUAAUCGAUCUAAAAGAAAUCGAAAAAAUAAGAUGCAUGAAUGGUUAAGCGUUCUUCCUCAUGAAACCAAACUGGAACCAUUCUAUAAGGGUCCAGACGAUUGUAAAGUAAACCUCGUUUCUUCUACAACUUCCGUAACAAAGAAUUAUUCUUCUCAUCCGCCAAGGGUUGGCUCAACAGCCGUUGAAGGUUUUCUAUUCGAAAAUAGUCUAGAGGUGCGCAUCUCUCCUACACAACCAAUUGAAUUCAAAGAGGAGCACCACAUGUUAACUCCUCAGCUCAACCACUCCGAUUACAAACGAUUACAAUUUGCUAUAAACAGCACAGGAUUUAUUCAAAAUGAUGUCAUUGCGAAAUUAUCCAAUUGUUCAUUGGAAAUUCAACCUAAAGAAUUUGUUGAAUUUGGUUCAUUUCGAUCGGGUCAUCGUUUACAAUGGUGGAAUCUUCUAGCAGCGCUCGAAACGGAUUCCUUGUCUAUUGCUGAAGAAAGUGUAGCAAUAUUAAUUACACACUCAAUAUUACAGUAUGGUCCGGUAGGUGGCAAUAAAAGUAAUACUUAG